UCUCUCGCUCGCUCGCUCGCUCUCCGUCUCGUCGCAGGUACCCAUUUUGCAGCAACACACACAAAAAAGCCAAACUCACGCAACAGAACAAAUUCUAUCACCCCGCGACUUACAAUUUAGAGUGCUGCCGCUUCUCAGUUUGUUCUUGGUGUGUGCGUGCGUGUGAGUUUUUGCGUUAGUUGAGAGCAGAUUUAGCCGCAAUUUUUGACUAACAAGUUGUAAGAAAAAAAAAACAGUUGAGCUAACGCAGCAGUCACCCCUGUCGGCCCUGCCUAGAGGACCCCCUCCCCGUUAGUUGUUCGCGCUAGUUGGCACUAGAAAUCAUUCACCACGGAGCUAUUUAAUAAUCCUGUUGUUACAAAGUUUAUGGAGUGGGCAGGGUUGAAAAAAACCAUGUCCAUCUCCAACUUCCGGCGCAAGAAGCUGCUCUACGUGUUCAACGUCUUCUUUGACGUGAACCAGAGCGGCACCAUCGAGCGCAAGGACUUUGACCUCGCCAUUGAGCGAAUUUGCCGCAUGCGAGGAUUCAACCCCGGAGACCCCAAGCACCAGCAGACCCAGGACAUCUUGAUCAACGUUUGGGACGGACUCAGGGCCCGCGCCGACUCCAACAAGGACGGCCAGGUGAGCCAUGAGGAGUGGUGCAUGAUGUGGGACGAGUACGCCCGCAACUCGGGACCGGCACUCGAGUGGCAGCAGCGCUACAUGAACUUCAUGUUCGACCUCGAGGAUACUUCAGGUGACGGAUGCAUCGACGAGGAAGAGUUCACGACUGUGUGUUCGUCUUACGGGGUGAGCCCUGCUGAGUGUUCAGAGGCAUUCAAUCGAUUCUCUCAGAACAAAACCGUGAUCGUGGACCGAGCCAAAUUCGCCGAGCUGUGGAAGCAGUACUUCGCCUCCGAGGACCCCAACGCGCCUGGCAACUUCAUCUUCGGCAAGGUGACCUUCGAGUAAAGAGCCACCCUUCUUAAUUCACCACUUCAGUCUUGACCUCGGUGCGAAAAUCACGUUGUGUAUCCCAAAAAAUAGCAGUGCGCUGUACCCGUACGCACAAGUCUUCAAUUAACUAAAUAACGAGCGUUGUAUCUUGAAUUUUAACCCUUCUCUCCUUCUCUAUCACAUUAGUCUUUCUCUAAUUACUACUAGCCGAUCGAGCAAAUCGCAUUAAAUAACCAAUGUGUAAUUCAAACAUCUUAAAACGAGGAUUUUAAUAAAAGCAGCAAAAGAGUUCCGGUUUGCCACCUCUCUUCCUCUCUUGGAACAUUAAUUUCAGACCUGGAAUGUCAGCAAAAGAAAAAAUGCCGCCCACACAUCUGGCGGCUAAUUUAAAGAGCAAGUUUAAAUUAAUCCGAAUAAUCUUCACCGAACUAAAUAAUAAUAUUAAUAAAGAGAAACUUCUCCUGUUCUUGAAACGUUGGAAAUUGCUUUAAUUAAAUCAAUAGAUGAUGCAGUUUUAAAAGAGCGUGACACAAGCAGACGCAAAGCAAUAGCCAACUGUGAAAAGAGCGUGAACAUUACACCAAUAUUAUGCAUACAGACUGCCACGCGCGGCUUUAAUUUCGGUUCCGUUUUAUUUUCCCAGAAAUUAAACUGCGAACUGCGAACUGCUUUUUUAGUCAGGCUUCCCAAGCGUCCGCAGCAAGAUACAUUUUGACUGUGGACCCUGGCAAGCUGGAAAAAAAUUCCUCAAAGUGUUAAUUAAUUCUUGAUUGUUUGGUGUUAUUGUGCCAUGUUUUCACGUGUGUAAUAAAAUUUAAACGAAAUUCGAAAAUCAGCUCACAUCACCGGUGCAAUAUAAAAAAAGAGAAGCUUCGGGAAGAGAAUCGGAUCCGCGGUUCGAGCCAGUCAACCGCGGAUGCGAUUUUCUCUUCCCAACAACAUAUGCAACAAAACACGAUUAAACAUAUCUCUGAAAGCAGAGGAGAAGGCGUGCCAUAUCUGAGAGUGAGCACUUUGAUCGUUUCAUCCGCGCGAGAGCGAGCGAACGAACGCCUUCUCCAAUCGGAUUAUUUGUCGACGAGCAAAAUAAAUAAAAUCCAUUCAAGUCGAUUCCAGCCUCGCGUACACAUACACACUCUGCUUACAUAUUGUCAGUCCGCGCGCUGCGGACGACGAUACACAUUGUUAUUACUCUCAUAUACAUAAAAUAAAUAUAUAUAUAUAUUGCGAGCAUGGAAAUAUCUAGUUAAUAAUUAUACACACACACACAAACACACUCACACACUCACCGGCUAUGCAUUAUUACGCUAUUAUAAAUAAUCCAGUGUAUUGUUGACAUUUGUAACCAAUUGCGAUUUAAUUAUGGUACAUACAUAUAUAUACGCGACUCAAGUGUAAUGAUUGAGGUGUAGUUGGUCCAAUAAAGUUAGAGCUCCGUGAAA